AUGAAAUCACGUACUAAUGCUUGGACACGUGUAAGUAAACCAGUAGUAGAAAUCAAUAAUCUUAGCAAAGAAGAAUCAAUAAAUUAUUUAGUUAAUAAACGUGGAAUUAAAACCAUGAAAGAAGGCAAGAUCGAUAUUACAGAAGCAGAAAAAUUAUAUGAAUUAGUUGGUGGAUGUAUUAUGGACCUGGAAGCUGUAGCAGAUGAAUUUCUUAAUUUGAAACAGUCCUCCGAAGAAAUUAAACAACAAAAAUUCAUCGAAAUUGAUAAUGAAUUUAACAUUGCGAAACUACAUAAAAAUCAACCAAAUCAUGAAGCAGGAAAGCAUAUAAUCAAGACUUUAAAUUCUAACGGGAUGCUUGACUAUUUGACAUAUAGUAAAUUAUUUAAUAAUCCUGAGGAAGCUAAUAAGGUCUUGGAAACCAAUAUCUUUGCAUAUAAUCCAAUUAAAAAUAUUAUAACCUUUAAUUCUCGUGCAAUAGAAUGCUACAUUCGGGAAAAUGCUGGUAUAUUCAUUUAGAAUUAAAGAGAAUCAAUAUAUUGAAAUUUAUAAUAUAGAUAAUUAAUAAUGAAAUAAUAAAGUUUGAUUUUUAUUGAAUAGUAUCAAU